AUGGGUUCAGAGUACACUUGGCCAUGGGUUCAGAGUGCACUUGGCCUUGGGUUUAAGAGUUCCAGAGUCCAGUCACCACAGUCCACAGUCCAGAGUCACCCCACAGUCCAGAGUCCAGUCACCACAAUCCACAGUACAGAGUCACCCCAGAGUCCAGUCACCACAGUCCAGAGUCGAGAGUCACCCCCAAGGUCCAGAAUUAGCCACCACAGUCAAGUCACCCACAGUCCAAGUCCAGUCCACCACAGUCAGGAGUCACCCCGCAGUCCAGAGUCCAGUCACCACAGUCAAGUCACCCACAGUCCAGAGUCCAGUCACCACAGUCCAGAGUCCCACAGUCCAGAGUCCAGUCACCACAGUCAGGAAGUCUUUGGUCAGAGUCCAGUCACCACAGUCCAGAGUCACCCACAGUCCAGAGUCCAGUGUCCCACCACAGUCCAAGGUCACCCCACAGUCCAGAGUCCAGUCACCACAGUCCAAGAGUCACCCCCCACAGUCCAGAGUCCAGUCACCACACAGUCCAGAGUCCAGUCACCACACAGUCCAGAGUCACCCCACAGUCCAGACACCACACAGUCCAGAGUCCAGUCACCACACAGUCCAGACAAGGAGAUUAAUUUCCAGCCAACAUUCUUCUUCUUCUUCUUCUUCUUCUUCUUCUUAGUUACUACCACCCAAGAUACUUUAUAA